AUGCCUCGAAGGGUACAAAAAUCAGUCAUUCAACUCAGUUUCUUCCUCGCCAUCCUAUUCGUUAUAUUAUACCUAAAUCGGCCCCAAUCAGCGAGCAACAGAAUCUUCUCCUGGACCAAAAUUCGCUACAAAACUUCCUCCUCCAUCAUUCCCGAAGCCCGCGGCAUAUGUCCAGGCCUAGCGGGAACAACCAAACCAGCGCUUAUCGUGUCGCACGUGGCUGCCGACGGCGACACCUCGUGGCUGAAACCUCUCUCCGCCCACUACCAUCUCUGCAUAUACAAUGUCGACGCCCCAGCAGAUAAAUCCUCCAAAAUCCUGCAAGUGCCCGCCAACCGCGGCCAUGAAGCAAUGGCUUACUUAACUUUCUUAAUCGACAACUAUGCCGACAUCCCAUCUGCAGGCGCCGUCUUUGUCCACGGUACUCGGUUCGCUUGGCACAAUGACAGCCCCGAUUAUGACAAUGCGAAGCUCCUGCGCGCACUGGAUGUUCGGCGCGCGCUCCAGCCAGCGGGUUACCAUAACCUGCGCUGCGACUGGAGCGCCGGGACGUGUCCAUCUUCCGUUCCCGCGCAGGGAAGUCUGGAAAUGAGGCUUUCGUCUGCGGUCUCACCUUGGAGUGCGCGUGCCGCGUCUGAUCUUGCUCUUCCACAUGCGCUGGGCCACAUCUUUGGUGGGGACGAUGAGGCUGUUGCUCAGCGCGUCGUAGAAGACGUCGUGCAGCUUGGUCGCAAUGAUGCCGUGCGCGCGCAGUGCUGUGCGCAGUUUGCCGUGGCGCAGGAGCGCGUCUGGCAGCAUAGUCGGGCGGAGUAUAUUGCGCUCCGGCAGUGGUUGCUUGAUGGGAGCGACGAUGGGGUUGCGAGGAAUCCACAGGGCGGUUCCAAGGCUGCGCCUGGGGAUGAUGUUGUUGCUGGGCGGAUUGUUUCUUAUAUUUGGCAUAUUCUGUUUGCGCGGUAUGGGGAUGAUGGGGGUAUUAAUCUUGAAGGGUUGAAUCGGGAUUCUUGCCCUACUGCCGAGGAAUGCUAUUGCCGGUUGUAUGGGAGGUGUACCCUAACCUGUAAGGGUCCGGGUACCUGUAAGGGGCAGUACGCGGUGCCAAAGUAUUACAAGCUUCCUGAGGAUUGGGAAAAGACGCAUUUGUGA